AACUCUGUUUGACAUAUAUCUCAUUCACAACGAAGUCGGAGUCGAAUAACUAUAAAGAUUCUCAAUAUUGACGAAUUGUCUGGAUUUUUGACUGAACAAAUCAGAAGCUAGUUGAAGCGGAAACGUUUGGCAUUCGGCAGAAGUUACAGGAGCACAGGUAGAUCAGACCGAUUCAGGAAUGCCGCUGCCCUCUGGUUCGUUCUCCCAACAGGGACCCACAUGUUUUGAUAAGAUGAAGACGGGCUUCAUCAUUGGUUUCUGCGUGGGCAUGGCCAGCGGUGCGCUCUUCGGCGGCUUUUCGGCGCUAAGAUACGGGCUGCGCGGAAGAGAACUGAUCAACAACGUGGGCAAAGUGAUGGUCCAGGGCGGCGGUACUUUCGGCACCUUUAUGGCCAUCGGCACAGGGAUACGCUGCUGAUCCUUCUGCCACUGCCGGCAUUUUGGCACAGUCCUAGCUUAGUCACUUAACCAACCUUAAUUCUUAACCAACUCUUGUUUAAAUUACGCUAAGUUAUUCAAAUAGAAACGUUAAACAAA